GUAAAGACAGUGAGGGAGUCAGUGGGUGUGUUAGAGAGAGGGAGGCUUAUUGCUAUAAAAGCUCCCUCUCUCACGUGUGCUCCCAUAUCUCCUGUGUAUGUUUUGGGGUGUGUGUGUGUGCUUGUGAGUGUGCGUGUGUGUAGAUAUUUCACAGGACAAGAGGGCUGCGAGUGUGUGUUUGUACCUUUUUUGCAGCACAAAGGACCGAUUAUUCCCCAGGAUGCACCAGUUUCUAGUGGUGACCUUAGCGCUGGUGGCGCUCUGCUCCCCGGGGAGCGUGGACUCUUCAGCCUAUGACAAGAUAGUCAGCCACAGCCGCAUACGGGCCAGGAAGGAAGGACCCAACGUGUGCGCGCUGCAGCGCGUCACCGGGACCAGCAAGAAGUACUUCAGCACGUGUAGGAACUGGUACAAAGGCUCCAUCUGCGGGAGGAAGACCGAGGUUGUUUAUGAAUGUUGCCCUGGGUACAUGAACCUGGAGGGUAUGAGAGGAUGCCCUGCAGUGGCUCCCAUUGACCAUGUGUAUGGCACACUGGGGCUCGUAAAGGCCACGACCACGCAGCAGUACUCCGACAUAUCCAAGCUGAGGCCAGAAAUCGAGGGCAAAGGCUCCUUCACCAUGUUUGCGCCAAGCAAUGAGGCCUGGGAUCAGCUAGACCCUGAAGUGCGGGCGGCGCUGGUGAGCAAUGUAAACGUUGAGUUGUACAACGCUCUUCACUUCCACAUGGUGAACCGGCGUCUUCUGACCAAAGACAUGAAGGACGGCAUGACUUUCACGUCUAUGUACAAUGACUUGGGACUUCACAUCAACCACUACUCAAACGGGAUUGUGACUGUGAACUGCGCCAGGAUUAUUCACGGUAACCAGGUGUCUACAAACGGCGUGGUGCACGUUAUCGACCGGGUAAUCAGCGCCGUGGGUAACACCAUCAAGGAUCACUUGGAAGUCAGCGAUGAGCUCACCUCUUUCAGCACUGCAGCUUUAGCCUCUGAUCUAAUGGAAAAGCUGGGCCAGCCUGGCCACUUCACUUUGUUUGCGCCAACUAAUGAGGCGUUCGAGAAACUGGGCCCAGGUUACCUGGAACGUAUUCUGGAAGACAAAGAAAUUAUUUCAGCCCUGGUGAAGUAUCACAUGUUGAACAGCGUCCAGUGUGCAGAAGCAAUCAUGGCGGGAUCAGUGUAUGAGACCGAAGAGGGAAGCACCAUCGAGAUUGGCUGUGAUGGCAGCAGCCUGACCGUCAACGGCAUCAAGAUGGUCCUGAAGAAGGACAUUGUGGCUUCCAAUGGCGUCAUCCACCUCAUAGACCAGGUUCUGGUGCCAAACUCAGCCAAGGAAGUGAUGGAGCUGGUGGGAGAGUCGCAGACCACUUUCAGCGACAUGAUGUCUGAGCUGGGCUUAGCCGCCGCCUUGGGUCCAAAGACUGAGUAUACGCUCCUCGCUCCUGUCAACAACGUCUUCACUGAUGAGGUGAUGUCAACAGACCAGAGCCUGCUGAGGUACAUUCUGGAAAAUCACAUCUUGAAGCUGAAAGUUACUUUGAGUGAGCUCUACAACGGACAGCUGCUGGAAACACUCGCUGGCAAACUGCUCAGAGUAUUCAUUUACCGCACGGCUGUGUGCAUAGAGAAUUCAUGUAUGCUGCGUGGCAGUAAGGAGGGAAGCAAUGGGGCCCUGCAUGUCAUGAACACACUCAUCAAGCCAGCCGAGAAAACAAUGUAUGAGCUCCUGGUCGCUGAUGGACGGUUCAAGAUUUUCUUGUCACUGAUGGAGACGGCAGGCCUGGAUGAGACGCUAAAGCAGGAAGGCUCCUACACCAUCUUUGCUCCAACCGACGAUGCCUUUGAUGGCCUCAACUCAGAUGACUUUGACCUGCUUAAAAGUGACAUAAAUGCUCUGAGAACCAUUCUCCUGUACCAUUUGAGCAACGGUAUCUUCAUCAACGGAGGAUUACAGGGAGGAGUCACCAAUCUGCUGAAAACUCUUCAAGGCAACAACCUGCAAGUCCUUUCUGUAAACAACUCCAUCCAUGUGAACUCUGUGGACGUUCCCGACAGUGACUUAAUGGCAACCAAUGGCGUGAUCCACGUGGUGAAGAACGUUCUCUAUCCUGGGGAUCUGCCGGUGGGCCGUCAGGACCUCCUGGUCCUCUUGAGGAAGCUGAUUAGAUACAUCCAGAUAAAGUUUGUGUCUGGAUUUACGUUUACUGAGAUCCCACUCACCUUCAUCAAAAAGACCAUCACAACUACUCAUUAUAUUGAAGUUCCUCAGUCGGAAAAGGUGAUCCGAGUCAUUGAAGGCGAUCCGUCCGUCACCAAGGUUACUAGAGUUAUUAGCGGGGGCGAGCCGACCAUCACCAAGGUAACCAGAGUCAUCGAGACGGAGCCGGUUGUCACGAAAGUGGUUGUUGAGGGCGAGCCUGUGAUCACGAAGGUCACGAGGGUCGUCGAGGGACAGCCCUCCGUCACCAAGGUGACCAGGGUCGUUGAGGCCGACUCUUCAAUCACCAAAGUGACCAGGGUGGUUCAAGGACAGCCCACCGUAACUAAAGUCACACGGGUUAUUGAUGGUGCAGAGGUUGAUGCAGAUGGAAAGGGCUCAUUAAGGAAACUUCGUAAAGAAAUCGGUGGAGCCAGAAACACCAAGGUUGACCAGCCUCAUAUCAUUGAGGGCCCAGACUUCUCCAAGAUCACCACCAUCCACGGAAACCCAAAUCUGCUUGAAGAGGAAUCGGAGAGGAUUACCAAAAUAAUUAGAGAGGGAGGUAAAUUCGCUGCUGCCAGGAAAGCUCCAGCUGGAAUGAGACGGAGAGCGAGGCCGGUCAGGCAUCAGCGAAAGCCAAGGGAGUGAAUCCAAAGGGAAAAAAAAACAACAAAACACCUUCUGGCUCACCGCAGAAACUGAAUGCAUCCCCAUCGCUCCUGGUCGAGUGCUGGAGGAGUGAAAAAAAACCAAAAAAAAAACCAAACAAACUGUGGAACAAUCGGGAGAGA